GCCACUUCACGCAACGUUGUCGCUGUCAAACCAGAUAAAACGAGAAAACUACCAUGAGCUACCUAACUAUACUUAGUUUCACGAAAGCAAUGUGGACGCCUCAACAUGCAUCUAUUCAAAAAAAGGAUCAACGCUAGAAUACGAAUCAUUUUCUCAUCUUUGUGCGCUUCAGCUUUAUUACUCGUUCUGUUAUGCUUGAGCUUAAAGACUUCUCAACCCAAUCCUGCACAACUCACAUCAAAUCCAGUUGAACCAUUGGCUUACACAUGCUGCACUCCAUUAAACAACUCAUUCCGUACAAACGUAUUUUUCGUGAAAACUCACAAAACAGGAGGCACAACGGUUGAAAAUGUCUUGAUACGAUUCGCUUUGAGGAAUUCGCUCGAUGUACUGAACAUUGCCUACAAUAUGUACUACAUGCCAUUAUCUGAUUUUUCCAUAUGGCCCAAUACGAAUACACCUAGUAACAAAUACCACGUGAUGGCGCAACACCUCAGGUACACUUCCACAUUGAAAUCGUAUCAGUAUCCAGAUACAUCAACAGUAACCAUUUUGCGACACCCGGUAACUCAUUUUAAAUCCAAAUACGAUUUUUUCCAAAUAUACUUAACAACGGGUAUGAGCUUACAACAGUUUUUAAACGCGCCGAUAAAGCCUCCAUUAUUACUUGGAGUUGAUAGUUUCAUGGCUUACAGAGGAUACAAUCAAAUGAGCGUCGAUUUGGGCUUCGACGCGAUUCAAAGUAAGAAUCAAACUGCGAUCGCCGAAUUCAUCGAGAAAAUAGAUCGGGAAUUCGAUUUAGUCAUGAUAAUGGAGUAUAUGGACGCGUCGAUGAUUCUACUCGCUAAUCUAAUGGGAUGGCCAUUGGAGAACAUGGCUUAUUUGAAAAUGAACGCGAGACUGCCUGGAUCGGAUGAUUACAAAUUGACCUUACGUGAUGAAAUCACUAUUAUGGAUCUGAACGAAGUAGAUACACUGCUCUAUCAUCAUUUUAGGAAUAAAUUUCUGAAGUGUGUACGACAAUAUGGCGAACGGAAGAUGAAAGAUCAAAUUCAACAAUUGAAAUCGAUCAAUGAGCAAUUUGCACGCAAAUGUGUCGCUGAUGACGUUAAGCAAGGGGUAUGGUACGGUGUUCCAAAAACAGUAGACUACGCGCCGAAAAAUCAAUCAGACUUAGAAUGCGUUUACGCAGUUACUCCGCAGAAUACAUUAGAUUCUAUAGUUAGAGAUAUUCAAUUUAAGAGGUUUAAGGUUUGAAAAAGAAAUAAAAAUAUGAGAAAAAAAAUGAACAAAGAAUUGAUAGUUUUUCAAAUGAAAAAUGUUGAAAAAGAUCGGAAAAUGAGUAGUUUCCUAGACAGUUUUGUGUUUGGAAAGUACGUCUUUAACGCAUCUAUCAAAACAUGUGCGGAAAACAGUUACUUUCCUCCCUAGGGAGGAAAGUAACCGUUUUCCGCACAUGUUUACAAAUUCGAAAUCAGCCAUUUUUUUUAAAUUUUAGCAUUUAUUUUCCUCUCAUAUGAAAUUAAAAUAGUAAACUAUUUUUUUUUCACUUUAAGAAUGUUGCGAAUCGAGGAAAUCCUCUAACCCCUAAUAAUCUAGUCAAAUUAGCUCAUAGAACUCAACCUGGAAUAAAUUGAGGGAAAACAUUUUUUGGCGUUAAAAUGUUCAGGAUGGUGUCCUAAAUGACGUACUAAAACCCACCCUAAAUUCGCGUGGUGCUUCUCCCCCCCCCCCGACACCCAUUUGUGCCCCUAGCACAGUUUUUCGCCAUUUUCUCCCUCGCAUUGCAUUUUAGCGAAAAAUAUUUGGUUAGAUAAAAGAAUCUACGUCAAAUUUCCGAUCUAAUGAUGUAUCAACUUUCCUUGUAUGCUCAAGGGGGUGGAACUACAGGGGGUUUCCUGAAAAAUACAUGAAGGAUAUAGGCGCCUAAGGAGGGUGAAAUGGUCCUCGAAAGCGUUCGAGUUGAUAUCAGCAUGGAAAGUUGGUACGAUGGAAAAACUUGCGCGUGAAAAAUUUCAGAUGCACACCCCCUUCCCUUUUUGGUACCCCUUACCCUUUUCUGAAAUUUCAAUAACACUUUUCUCAGUCCCUUUUUAACCGAUUUUGAAAAUUUUUCUGGAAGUUAUGUAUUUGUAUAUCCUUAGUAG